AGUCGUCAUCGGUGAUAAUAUAAGUAAACCUACAUUAUUUCAGACACAUGUGAUAGACAGAAGAGAGUUUUAAUUAAAACAGUUGGAGAUUUUCCAAAUCAAAGAAGAAAGAAUCUACUCUGUCUGAGUGGAAUGGCGGUCACCGGUCAGAGGCUGCUUAUACAACUUUUCGUUAUUUUCGUAUUGCUGAAGUUUUCGGAAUGUGCGACGGUAACAAGUGUUAAUCCGUCCAAGGGCAGCAAAAAUGGAGCAACAAGACUUACCUUAGCGGGAUCAGGUUUUGCCAAAAACCAAUUUAACUAUGGAGAGGGAAACGCCCACCUCGGUAACGCUGUGACGCUGGUGUCUGGGACCCAGCAGUUUGAUUGUGAAAUACAUAAAGAUGGCAGCCACGAGACGCAAAUCCAGUGCAACACUCCACGUAUGCCCGCUGACUCGUACGAAGUUAAGGUGGCAGUAGAUGGGGUCGCUGUCUCCGAUAGCAACAUCUGUAAUAACUGUCCAUUCGCAACUAGCUCAUCAAACACCCCAACCAUCAGUAGCAUUGAGCCUCGCUCUGGUCCUCCAGGUACAAUUGUGAAGUUUUACGGGAAGAUCUUCACAGACAAAUACGGAAGUAACACGGACGAGAGCUCCAAUGGGAAAUCAGUCAGCAUUCUCCGAGUUUAUGUUGGAGGCCAAAGUUGUGAGCUGAAGAAAGCUGACGAUGUGUUUUACGGAAUCCAGCUGGACAGUGACGACAGUGACUAUGGUUACAUCAAAUGUAAAAUCGGCGAGAGCGGCACUAAGAUAGGAAACAUCAACGGUACCUUCAUCAUAUCAGACGAAUACGGAAGGGCUGAACCCAGUAUGGACCUGUACCAAGUCAGUGGAAAUUACCAGUUCUACAUGUUCCAGACUUUCUCAGAGGUCACGUCAAUCAACCCUACCACUGGCAGUGUGGAGGGAGGAACUCUGAUCUCCAUCACAGGAAGAAAUUUCGACCAAACCCGCAAUGGUGCCGUGGUGAUGGUUGGAGGUACGCCCUGUACCAUAAAGGGUUCCGUGACCAAGACACUCAUUACCUGUGAGACGGCGGCCAAGCCAGGAUCAACACCUGCCAGACAUUCAGGUAACCGUGGUCUGAAGCUAGAAAUCUGGAAUGCGACCACAAAGACGCAGUCUUUGCUGUCUGAAGUAGGAUCCUUGGAUAGUAACGCGGCAGAUUACUUUACGGAUUUCGUGGACGAAGCCUACUAUACUGACAGUACCAUGGAUAACAUGGUCACCAAGAUGAGCGGAUUCUUCGUGCCUCCUUUUGAUGGGCAGUACAGCUUCCAUAUCAUGGCCGACGAUGGAGCUGAACUCUACCUCAGUACAGACGACGAUCCGUCAAACAUGGCGAGGAUUGCUUACUCUGGUCUAACAAGUAAUUACCAAAGCUCCAGUAGUCAGAGUUCCUCCAGGAAGACGCUUUCCAAGGCCAACAAGUAUUAUAUGGAGGUAUACCACCGUGAGGGAACCUCUGGGGCGUAUGCUAAGGUGUCGGCCCGGUACUACAACACCAAUCUAACGAGUUCAUACACGAAUAACGUUAAGUCAGAGGAACAGAAGAUUGAAGUUAGCUCUACCAUUAAACGUGAGAUCCAGAGCCUCACCUUCACUGGGUUUAGUUCCGGUUCGUCGACCUCCGCCGUCCAGACCAUCACCGUGGAGGAGAAUGUGUCCGGAGCCGGGGGACAGUUCCGUUUGUCUCUUUACACCGCAUUUACAGAUUUAAUAGAGUUCCAAGCCGAUUCGUCGGAUGUUGCCAGUGCUAUCAAUAAACUUCCUCUUUUUGAUAGCGGAGAGAGUGUGUCUGUCACUGAUCAAACCACGUCAACCAACGGCAUUCAAUACACCAUCACCUUUACUUCAGAUCGGGGAGACUUCCCAGCAUUUGAUACCGAGGCUUCCGGUUCACUCACUGUGACCGUUGCCAAGACAACGACAGGUGUUGCCAGUGGUGCCGUGGUAGCCAUGUCUAUGGCAGGAAUACCUGCUCCUCUUGUGGCUCCGGGAGCGUCCGUCUCCGAGGUACAAACUUCAAUGGAGAAUCUGUUCAGUACGCGUUGCCCGUCUUUCAUAUCAACUCCCGCUGGGAAGAAAGUACAAUACACGUUUGAGUCAUCCUCCUCUACUCCGUCCUAUAACCGGAACAACAGGUAUUCAGAGAUGGAAGCUUUCUGUGGCAAAUAUGUUGUCAAAAAUCCAAGAUACAUCUUCAAAUCGGAUUCAGACACGGACCCUCUCUCUUUGACUCUGAGCCCAAAGCUCUGCUUUGCUCACCAAGGCGCCAUCGGUACUAAUCUGAGACUUUCAUAUACAUACAAAGACCAGCAAUCCGAGACUGUCGAAACCUGGUCCACGCUGACAAACGUCAUCACGACCACUGGGACUACCGGAUGGGAGUACAGCUGUGUUGACGUCCUGACUGCUCUCAGCGCCAUAGCGACUGGAGGGAGUAGGUUCUAUUUGAAUGCAGCUAUCAUAUAUCGCUCUGGGGAUGUUUACAUUGACGAAGUGUAUAUGGGUACAACAGCCCCAACCAGUGACGCGGGAAUUGCCAUGCAGCGACUGAAGGCAGCCAAACCGAACGGCGUCCAGGUCGACAGUGUAUCAGUUACUGGAUCACCAGGAAGUUACGAGAUCACCAUUGUGCCGCUAGAUUGUGGAUUCAACUUCCCACUCUUCACUUCAGAUUCUGCACAGACACCGUCUGGGGCCAGUGUUUCAGUGUCGCGAGUCCAAGCGGCCUCGCCCCCAAUAAAGGGUACAUUCACCUUGACCUUCCUUGGGUCGACAACUCCUCCUAUCCCGGCUGAUAUCGAUACGGAUAGUUUAGCAGAUAAUCUUAAGUCGAUUGAGGGACUUAACGAAGCGUCAGUCACAAAAGAGGGGGAUUGCGCCAACUUUAACUGGAAAAUAACUUACGACUCUCUGGCCGGGGACCAAUCCCUUAUCCAGGUGGAUGCCAGUAGUGUUACCGGGGAGUCUGUCUCCAUGCAAGCUAAGGAUGUUACUGACGGCCAUAUUAAUUAUGAUCCCAUACCUGGAGAAUUCCUUAGAGUUCCAAAUGCAAAAGCACAGGUGAUGGUGUUGAUCAAUGGUGUACCAACUAAGUGCUCAGGUACCUGUGACUUUGAGUGGUUGACCAGCAGCACACCAACAGUAACUGGAAUUUCCCCUGGUACAGGACUAUCUGGCACAGUGGCUACCAUCACUGGCACAGGAUUCAGCGGAACACCUGCAGACAACUCCGUGAUGAUCGGAGGCGUGGCAUGUGUUGCAACUGCCUCCACCUCCACGUCAAUUACCUGUACGAUUGGUAGCGGCCCAGAAGGUGUUCACAAGGUCAAUGUCAAUGUCGCAGGAUCUGGACUUGCACAACACAGUAGCGGUGACGUACAGUACAUUUACACCACCGGGAUCAACAGUUUCUCUCCUUCAUCUAGUAGUUUAGGAGGUGGCGUGAACCUGACCGUGGACGGAUAUGGCUUCAGGAAUGACGCAACAGUGACCGUAGAUGGACAAGACUGUCCAGUUAUCUCCAGUUCACCUGACCAGCUUGUCUGUGUCAUUCCACCAAAGACAUCCCCAGGCGCAGUAUCAGUGGUUGUAGCUAUGACUGGUAUUGCCUCCUCAACAGCUUCGAGUUCAUUUACAUACGACUCUGGUAUAACGGCACAAAUCUCGUCAAUAACUCCACUCACGUCAGGAGUUAAAGGUGGAGCUACGCUGACAAUUACUGGUUCCGGAUUUGGUAGUUCCGGGACAUUGAUUAUUGGGGGAAGUGUCGUCACCCCCUUGUCUUACUCAACUACCACAGUGACAGCGACCUUGCCCUCACUUACCCCAGGAGUCCAUUCUGUCCAGGUGAUUGUAGGGACAGAUGGCGCUGCUGUUCUCACCAGUACCAGUGCUGUACCAACGAUCAACUACCUCAUGAGAGUGACCAACGUGUACCCACUUCAGGGAUCCCUACACGGAGGGACAAAGGUUACCAUCACUGGCGAAGGCUUGGGUGCUGAUGCUGAAGUGAAGUUUGGAGACACCUCUUGUGAUGUGGAUGCUACUACAGCCACAUCAACCAAGAUCGAGUGCACGAUUGGUGAUACUGGAACGACCCACCUGAUAGACAACCAGGGAUCUCAUUUCGCGUUUGGCAUUGGCUAUGCAUGGAACCCAAAGAAUGUCCAGGUAAAACUUGGAGAUACGGUUCGUUGGAGCUGGGACUAUCCAUCUUGGGUCGCGGGGAUGAAACCGAGGGUGCAACAGACACCAAACGCUAGUGCUACAGUAGCGGAGUCUGACGGCUUCAGCAGUGGUCCUACUGGUACCAAAACAGGUGCCUUUGAAUUCAAGUUUAACACGUUGGGCCUGAAAUAUUUUUGGAGUGAUUAUGUUGACAUCUACACAACCACGUGGUUCCGCGGGUCAGUAAAUGUGAUCAGUAAAGCAUCCUUUGUCGGGGACUUGAGUGUCAAAAUAGGCGGCAUCGAGGCUUCUUACGACAAGAAUUCAGGUGUGAGUAACCCGUCAUCGUCCGGGUCAUGUGUAGGAACCCUCAGCACUAUCUCGGGCUGUUCAGAUCCGGCACCUACUGGAGGAGACGCUGCAAAAUUCAACUUUAAAUUCUGGUCAUGUCUGACACCAACUAUUACCUCCUUAAACCGCAAUAACGGAACGGCAAAUGACGAUAUCGUUUUAGCCGGUACUGGGUUGUCCACAACAAAUUGUCAAAAUGAGGUCAAGUUCGGCAGUGACUCGUGUACAGUUUCGGCAGCCUCGACUUCCUCAAUUACCUGUAAACUUGAUUCUUCCUCCAGUCCUCCUGUAGGCGUACCGCAGUCACUAGCUGUCCGUAUCGGAAACCUGGGAAACGCCCGUGUAGCUAUUGCUGGACAGAUAACUAGGACAUUUGCUGCUAUUCCUGUUGUUUCCAGCUUUUCGCCGGUUUUGGGCUCUCUGGAAGGAAGCACAUCACUUACUAUUACAGGAGCAGGAUUCCAGGGUAGUGUUCCAGGCGUGGAUGUCACUGUGACUAUUGGAGGCUAUCCUUGUUCCAUCACUUCUCUCACCUACACAUCUAUCGUCUGUUCUACUCCCAAGUCAAUCACUGACGGUGUCAAGUCACUGGAGGUCAAGGUCAGCGCUGGAGGUCAGAUGGUGACUGCGGAAUGCCAGUCAUGUGACUAUACUUACGAUCUUGGGUCUACUCCCAAUGUGGAAUCAGUCUCUCCCACAACAGUGGACGGUUCCUCAACGACACUGGUGAUCACUGGAAAAAGAUUUGGAACAUCAGCCAAUGAUGCAAGUGUAACUGUUGGAGGUGAAGUAUGUACUGUGACCGAGGCUAAAACGGACUCCAUCAAAUGUACCAUCUCAGCUAUACCAGUUGGAUCACAGUCAGUGGUAGUAGAUAUCGCACAGAAAGGGCGUGCCAAGUAUGAUAGCUCACCUGUUACUGUAACUGGCCAGGCUGUUAUUACCUCUGUCAGCCCGGCAGCCGGCAGUACCAACGGAGGAACCAAGGUCACUGUUGUAGGCAACGGGUUUGAAAAUACGGGGACCACAGUCACUGUCGAUGGUACUGAUUGUCCUGUAGCUUCAGUAACACUAUCACAGAUUAUCUGUACUAGUGCGGCCCACGUUGCUGCAAACAACCUUGACCUUAUCGUUACUUCAGGAGGAACGGCGUAUACAGCCGAGAUGUUUAGUUACACAGUUGGAGCAACGCCAGUGAUAUCAUCCAUCUCGCCAACAUCCGGGUCUUCAGGGGAGACCGUCACACUCAGCGGUACAAAUCUCGGAGCAACUAUAGCCGACAACUCUGUCACUCUUGGUGGACGGGUUUGUACCUUGAUCUCGGCCUCGACAACGGAGAUCGCGUGUACUGUUGGGGACUAUAGGGCCGGAAGUUAUGAAUUUCAGGUGGAAGUCGCGGGUAGUGGACUCUCAAAUAAUGACAAGAUGUUUACAUUCGCUAUGACUGCCUCCAGCAUCAAUCCCAACUCUGGAAGUACAAGCGGGGACCAGACCGUGACGAUAUCCGGAUCAGGGUUUGACAACAGUACCUCUGUUACCAUAUGCUCCAUACCUUGUAAUCAGUCUUCAAAAUUCAAUUCCACAGAAACACAAUUCGUGUGUGUUACACCUGCUGCCUCAGGCACCACGACCCAGGUCUGUACUGUGUCGGUUACGGUGAAUGCUGUCUCCCAAACACUUAGUUACACAUACGACUCAACAAAGACACCGGAAAUUUCAAGUGUAACUCCACAACGAGGCGGGACUGGAGGAGGGACUCGAAUCACCGUGGCGGGAUCAGGCUUCGGGACUAUCAAAUCUGACUGUGCUGUAUCGAUAGAGGGUAGUGUGUGCGUAGUCGACUCAGUCAGCAAUACCCAGAUCGUGUGUGAUACCGGAUCUAUCACAACAUCUGUCCGAGGCAAGGUCCGAGUGGAGAUUGCUGGGAACGGUCAGGCCAUACAGACUGGAGCGGAUUUUCAUUACGUAGACGUCUGGUCUUCGGUGUAUUCCUGGGGAGGAGUGUCACUGCCAACAGAUGGAGACCUUGUCGUUAUCCAGGCCGGCCAGACCAUCUACCUAGACACUACCACUGCUACUCUCAAAAUGCUUCUUAUUCAAGGGGGAGAACUCAUUUUUGAUGACAAUCAAGACGUGGAAUUAAAAUCAGAAAUUAUCUUGGUCACUAACGGAGGACUGUUUCAGGUCGGGACAGAACAAGCUCCAUUCCAGCACAAAGCCACGAUUACAUUGUACGGACAUCACCGCAGUAAAGAGCUUCCCAUUUACGGAACAAAGACGUUGGCCAUCCGUGAGGGUACACUUGAUCUACAUGGUAUACCAACUCCUAUUACCUGGACGAAGCUCUCAGAAACAGCUAGUGCAGGUUCUAACGUUAUCAAACUGGCACAAGCUGUCAACUGGAAUGUUGGAGACACGAUCGUCAUAGCCACUACUGGUGAUUUCAAGUCGCAGUCUCAGAAUGAACAGAAAACGAUCACAAACAUCGCUGGAGAUAAGAAAACCCUUACUUUAGACUCUAAUCUUGCAAAUGACCACAUCGCCGUAACAGAAAGUUUUGGAACUAGUGGAAAUGCUGCCACCUUGACAUUCGCCGCAGAAGUUGGACUUUUAACUCAUAAUGUAAAAGUUCAGGGAAACAGUGAUGCACAAUGGAUUGAGAAAAUAGAGGCUUGUCCUGAUGGCUUUGAUACUGGUGAGUUUGCUACCCAGACAUGCUUCCAGGGACGCUUCGGUGAGGAAAUGGGCAGUGACCAAUUCGGUGGACAGAUCAUGAUUCAUGCCCCCGAAUAUGACACACACAGAUCCACUGGUCGCAUACAAUAUGUGGAGCUAUUCCAUAUGGGUCAGGCAUUUAGACUUGGACGCUAUCCCCUCCAUUUCCAUCUCAAUGGUGAAAUGUCGCACAGCUAUGCCCGUGGGCUUGGUAUCCAUGAAACCUUUAACCGUGCAGUCAACAUACACGGCACACACAACCUACUGGUCGAACACAUAGUCAUCUACAAUAUCAUGGGAGGCGCGUUCUUCCUCGAGGAUGGUAUAGAGACAGGAAAUACCAUCCAGUACAAUCUUGCUGUGUUUGUCAGAGAGAGCUCUAGUCUUCUAAAUGACGAUGUUACUCCAGCCUCGUUUUGGUGUACAAACCCCAAUAACACGAUACAACACAACAGUGCUGCUGGCGGAUCUCACUUCGGGUUCUGGUACCGUAUGCAUGAUCACCCUGAAGGUCCAUCAUUCACUAAAAGUGUCUGCCCUAAAUUACUCACCCUUGGAGUAUUCCACAAUAACAGUGCUCAUUCCUUUGGCUGGUUUGGUCUGUGGAUUUUCCCUACCUACACGCCAAGAGUAAGUGGAAUCUGUGGUUCCGCUGCCCCUACACCCGCCGUCUUUGAUUCAUUUUUGACCUGGAAUAAUGAGAAAGGAGUGGAGACCGUAAACACAGGUGCCCUCCAAUUCAGCAAUAUUCAGGCUGUAGCCAAUAAAAAGGCUGGAUUUGAAGGCAAACUAAUAGUUGAAGGAGAAGACUCAAUAAAUCCUGCGAAUGAAGCUGCAAUCAAGAAUUCGCUUAUCGUGGGAUAUGCCUCGUUUUCACCUAGUUCGGUCUGUACUAAUGGAGCCGUCGUUCUUCCGUACGGGUUUGGUUUCCAGACAAGCAAUGUUGAAUUCGUCAAUUUUGACAAAUCCUCAUGUUCAGCCUUUACCUGGACAAGAAUUGAUGGAACAUGCGGCGACCAAUGCGCUGGGUUCUCUUAUAAAACAUCCGGGCUGACCUUUACAAAUUCUCCAAAUCGUGGACGUUAUGCUUGGCUAUUCGAGGGAGUACUUCAUGAUACUGACGGCACCUUAUGUAACAGCGCUGGCUGUAAAGUCAUUCCCACUACAGGCACCCUCCCACCAAGUUGUACAUCUUUCUCUGAUUUCAAUUUUGGUAUACCAGCAAGCGUAUGCCCAUCCUCUGUUAAAUUUCACAGAUUUGGUUUUAAUAACAUUUUGCCCGCUUCCUUGGAGUUCAAGCAGUCGAACUGGACAAACCAGUACGGAUCGUCCAUGGCCGAGUUCCGUGACAAGAGAAUUACUCACAAGCUAGGCUGGGUCCUGAAUAUUGUCAGUGGAGAGACCUACAACAUUGGUUUUGUGGACUCGCCCACACAAACUAAUCUGAGUUUCGCUGGAACAUUUUACCAUUUUGAGAGCAACGAUUACAUAUAUCUGCGUCAGAAGGUUAACAAGAAACCCGACAGACUAAAGAGCGAUUCUCGUGGUUUUGUCGAAUCUGCUGAUAUUCCUCUAGAUCCAAACGUUCAUCUUAACGGGGACUGGACUUUCGAUCAUUACACAGAUGAAAUCACAAUUCUAGUCAAAGGAAGUGGCGGGAACACUGGUAGGAAAAAGCGUGGUUCGCCUGCCUUGCCAGUUGGUAGCGCCAGCAUAUCAUUCGAUUUCCAGGCCUUCAAGUGUUUUUAUACCAACUGUACUCCUCCACCGGACCCCAAUACAGUUCCCCCUGUAACUCAGCGUUCAGCGGACUUCGUCUUUUGGUCCGAGUCGAAGUCUUGGACUUGGUUGAACGAAACACUCCCUGUAGCCAACACUGACCUCACAAUACCAGAAGAUGUUUGGAUGGUAGCAGACAUGGCUAUUCCGUCGUUCAAUAAAGUUAUUUUGUAUGGAACACUGGAGUUUGACCACGGUACAUCGCCAUACCGUGAUAUAGACCUCAAUGCAACCCAUAUCAUCAUACUGGGAGGACGACUUAUCAUUGGGUGGCCUGACGCCCCGUACCUCGGUAACGCCCAGGUGAUACUGAGAGGGGACUGGAAUACACCCGAGUACACAGACCUCACCAACGCCCCAACAGUUGGAUCCAAGGUCCUUGCUGUAUUCGGUGGCCUUGACCUUCACGGGAUAGAUGUGGGUGUGUCCUGGACCCGGUUGGCCUCGACGGUGGUUGCUGGAGACACUACAAUCACGUUAGCCCAGGCUGUCAAUUGGACGGCUGGUAGUGAGAUCGUCGUGGCUCCAACUGGGUAUGACAUGUGGGAAACGGAGACAUUUAGGAUUUCUAGUGUAUCACAAGAUGGAUUGACACUCACUCUGAACAGCUCAAUGUUAUACAAACAUGUUGUUCACUCUGAAACAUUGGGAGGUCGAACAAUUAAUCUUGGAGCGGAAGUGGGUCUUCUCUCACGGAAUGUCAAGAUCGUUGGGGAGGACUAUUCCAAAAUGUUCAAAGAAUCCUUUGGUGCUCGAACGUUGGUAGGAACAGCACAACAGGGAAUCACGGAGUAUAUUGGUUAUGCUCGCUUGAGCAAUGUAGAGUUUUUCCAUACGGGACAAGAGGGCUACACAGAGUUCUACGAUGCGAGAUUUUCGCUGACAUUCCUGGAUGGUGGUACAGUUAGUAACAUCAAACCUUCAUACAUAAACAAAUGUGCAUUCCACAACGGAUUUUCUCCCGCCAUCGGUGUUUUCGGGACACACAGUUUGCCCAUCGAGGAUAACGUUAUUCACCACACGGUCUGGUGGGGUAUUGACACAUCUUCUGAUGAUACCCAGAUUCGCCGGAACCUUGUGACUCUUGUGGUAUGGGAGGGUGCAUACCAAGAACGUGAAGAAUCCUUUAAUUUCCGCUGGAACGGAGCAAUCAACGCUCCCAAGGCUAAACUCAUUAUACUCGAAGAUAAUGUAGUGGCGGGCGCGGAGAGGACAGCCUACAGAUUAAAUGCCGUACAGUGUGGAAGUUCUGGCUACGGCAGUAACCAGGCACACAGCUCUUUGAUGGGAUUCGGUAUAUUUCCAGAGGAUGUAUUGUCUGUGUCCUGUGUCGUUAUAUCAAACUUUACUAUCUGGAAAAGUCGGGAUGCUGGGAUCUACUACCAGAAUACAUUAAGCGUUGAAGUUCACAACGCUGUCCUAGUAGAGAACACAGUCGGUACUGUUUCGUUCAUUGUUGGACCUUCGGCUGUUGGUCACCAAACCGCCGAAAAAUAUGUCUUGAUCAAAGAUUCAGUGGUCGUCGGAGCCACAAGUUCAUUCGACUGUACGACAGAUGCAUUGAAGUCGGAUGAAAAUAUCAUGUUCAGUAGUCAGGGUCGCACAUGGGUAGGCGAUGGAAGUCACACUGGGGUUUCCUUUACAAACUUCUUUCAAGGUUCAAAUUCCAUGCCAAAGAAACCACAUUACAACACAAUGUCUUAUGCUUCCGUUUUUGGACUAAUGAGAUUAGAGGGUAAUACGUUUGCCCAUUUUAAAUCAACUUGCGGAAAAAAUGAUUUUGCUGUCACUACUAAUUCUAACGGGGAUGAUGGACAACAUCCUAUUCAAUCCAGGAAUGCAGUCCUCACUGACGUGGCAACAAACAACAAGAUCUUUUAUCACAGACCAAGCGUUGGAAAGAUUAACAGUGCUGACUGCGUAGAUAUGGAUUGUGACGGUCUGAAGAAAGACUUGUUUUCCGACAUGGAUGGUACAUUCCUUGGAGGAAGUGUUGGUGCUGUCAUUUCUGAGUCAGAGUGGCAGUGGGGCGGAGAUCCGCGAAGAGGCCUCGGGGACUACAGGAUCCCGAAGUCGAUGUUGACAGCUCUUGACGGGACACGUAUAGCUGUUAAUGAUAUAGCGCCAAACAAAGGUAUCAUCCGAAGCAGUGACUGUGUGUUGAACUCCGUCUGGCAGGCGUACGAGUGUCAUGGCCUUGAAUACAAGAUGCUGAUCAUUGAAAGUAUGGACUCCGACACGGAGACCCGCCGCGUCUCGCCCGUCGCUAUCCUCGGAGAUGGAUACCUUGACCUCAUCAAUGGUCCACAGGAUCACGGAUGGUGUAGUGGUUACACCUGUCGUAAACGGCUCUCAACCUUUAUGGCUCUUGUGGCUACAGGGAAGGAAUAUCUUAUCCACUUUACCGGCACUUCACCACAACAUAUCCGGUACUUCAUUCUCAACUCCGACGACACUGACUCCAUCAAGCUUUCGGUCUGGUACUCUCAACCCAAUAGACGUGACCUCUUCGUGGAUGGAAAUUUAGUUCCGCCUAGAAAUGGCAGAACUGUGAACGGCGCUUAUAUACUGGACCCCCCUACAUAUCCAGAGGAGUUCAUGCCGAAUGUUUCGGACACUUCUGGUCAAAACUAUUACGACCGGGACUCGGGACUCCUCCAUUUCACCAUCAGAGGGAAGAAAACAGUGGAAGUGAAAACCGAUCCAUCUAUAAUUGUGUCCUUUCCAAUUCCCAGCCAUGAGUGUCGAUCAGUUCUUUGGGGAUCAGAUAAUUCAACAUCUUGCAGGUUUCUUCGAUCUCCCUCCACACAAGGUUAGACUCGUUAAGGUAGUAAGGGAGACAACUCCAGCAGGAAGAAGACGCAAGAGAUCCGUGGGAUACGAUGAGGUUGUUGUGGAGAUUUCUGAUAAUCCUCAUUCCAAUAUCAACGACUCAAGUGACUUGUCCCAAACACAGCUACAGAAUAUUUCUGCAACACUUGUCAAUGAAAUACAGCUUGGGAACAUCAGCCAAGUUGUUAACCUGACGGUCGUAGGAGUGGCUGUGGCCGAACCGCUUCCAACCCCAGGGUCUCCCGAGUGGAACGCUACCACAACCGAUUCUCCUUACAC